AUGGAGAAUGAGCUAACAACAGCUCUGGCAGGACUACUCUUGGAGGAAAGGCUGACGCGCUGCCGGUGUUCGCAUUUGUGUUCAAGUACUUCGAUCGAGCUUUUUCGUUUGCGACGUCAACGAGCGGGAAUUGUUUCGCAAAUGUUUGGAACUAUGCGGAACACUCCAAAUGACGGCUUGCCAGCAGAUCUCGACAACGGACACUACAGAAGCACCCAGAACAUUACGGAACCAAAUGCACCAUCUUCCUCGCUGACAUGGGAGACUCGGAUACAAUGUUUUGUCGGCUGCUUUCUUCUGUCUAUAAUCAGCUCAUUUUGUGCGGGCUACCUUCUGCUGUUGACGAAGUUGAACGGCUUCUGUAUAAUGUCGUCAAUUGGAGCGAUACUUUCACUGAGUAGCACGUGUUUUUUGAUGGGACCAGUUGGUCAAUGUAAGAAGAUGUUUGACGAGAGUCGUUGGUUGGCUUCUUUAUUCUAUGUCGGAUUCAUAGCUCUGGCUCUGAUCGCAGGUUAG